AUGGUGAGCGAGCUGGAGGCCCGCGGCUGCCGGCGGGCCGACGUGCGCGUGCUGCAGCGCAUGCGCCUGCCAGGGCCGCUGGACUUCCCGGCCGGCUCCAGCGAGCUGCCCCCGGCCGGGCUCGCGGCGCUGCGGAGCGCGGCCCGUGCCCUCCUCGAGCAGCCGAUGCUGCGCGCCUGCGUGGGGGGCCGCUGCUCGGAGGGCGAGCCGCCCGAGCUCGCCACGGCCCGCGCGCUGGCCGUGCGCGGCGCGCUGGUGGCCCAGGGCGUCCAGGAGGCCCGGGUCUCCUGCGGCGGCCUGCCGGCCGGGGAGGGCUGCGGCGGAGCCGCCGGGGAGCUGAGGGUGCUGGAGCUGCCCUGCAACGCCUUCGUGGCGCGCGGCGCGGGGACCUGGCGUGGGCAGAGGGGCCGGGGAAGCGUGAGACUCGAGUAG